GAGGCCCACCUGAGGCCCCCUCCCUGAUCACCGAAGAAGAGGCUGUAGGAGCCACAGCUGCCUCCUCCCCCUCCCUGCUGCUGCCGCCGCCGCCACCACCGCGGCUGAGCCUGAGCCCGCAGGUUGUCUUGGCAACGGGAGGCGGAGAGGAGAUGCGCUGAGGGAUGGAGGUGUAUGUCACCAAGGAAGCUGCCGUGCUCCUGCCCCACGCCCCAGGCCCUUGAAGGCCCUGCACCCAGCCAGCAGCCUGGAGAGUCCCCGAGGGAUGAGGGCGCCACAGCCCAGUGGAACGCCGUUUCUGCUCUCGUGGCCCCGCGCGCGCAGCGCCCAGGAGCCGGGCAGCGCCUGACGCCUGUCGUACCCCCUUGCGCACAGGGCUCGGCGAGUGAUCGGACCAGCCAGCUCCCUGCUGCAUGGAACGGCUGCAGAAGCAACCACUUACCUCCCCUGGGAGCGUCAGCUCCUCCCGAGGCUCCAGUGGUCCUGGCUCUCCCUCCAGCAUCGUGGCCAAGAUGGACCAUCAGGUGCUGGGCUACAAGGACCUGGCCGCCAUCCCCAAGGACAAGGCCAUCCUGGACAUCGAGCGGCCUGACCUGAUGAUCUAUGAGCCCCACUUUACCUAUUCUCUCCUGGAGCAUGUGGAGCUGCCCAGAAGCCGGGAGCGCUCGCUGUCACCCAAAUCCACGUCCCCCCCACCAUCCCCAGAGGUGUGGGCAGAGAGCCGGUCCCCUGGAGCCAUCUCUCAGGUUUCAGCCCCAAGAAGCACUGGGACCCCCCGGACCAGCCUGCCCCAUUUCCACCACCCUGAGACCAGCCGCCCAGAUUCCAACAUCUACAAGAAGCCACCCAUCUAUAAGCAGAGAGAGUCCAUGGGAGGCAGCCCUCAGAGCAAGCACCCCUAUGAGGACCACAUCAUCGAGUCAUCCAAGUUCCCUGCGGCCCAGCCCCCCGACCCCAACCAGCCGGCCAAGAUCGAAACUGACUACUGGCCAUGCCCCCCAUCGCUGGCCGUUGUGGAGACAGAAUGGAGGAAGCGGAAGGCAUCACGGAGAGGGGCGGAGGAAGAGGAGGAGGAGGAAGAUGACGACUCCGGGGAGGAGAUGAAGGCUCUCAGGGAGCGUCAGAGAGAGGAACUCAGUAAGGUUACUUCCAACUUGGGAAAGAUGAUCUUGAAAGAAGAAAUGGAAAAGUCAUUGCCUAUCAGGAGGAAAACCCGCUCUCUGCCUGACCGGACACCCUUUCAGACCUCCCUGCACGCAGGCACGUCUAAGUCUUCUUCUCUCCCCGCCUACGGCAGGACCACCCUGAGCCGGCUACAGUCCACAGACUUCAGCCCGUCUGGGAGUGAGACUGGAAGCCCAGGCCUGCAGAACGGAGAGGGCCAGAGGGGGAGGAUGGACCGGGGGAACUCCCUGCCCUGUGUGCUGGAGCAGAAGAUCUAUCCCUAUGAAAUGCUGGUGGUGACCAAUAAGGGGCGAAGCAAGUUGCCUCCAGGUGUGGAUCGGAUGAGGCUUGAGAGGCAUCUGUCAGCAGAGGACUUCUCGAGGGUAUUUUCCAUGUCUCCAGAAGAAUUCAGCAAACUGGCUCUGUGGAAGCGGAACGAACUCAAGAAAAAGGCCUCUCUCUUCUGAUCGCCCCACCCUCUCUGUGACUGCCCCUCACCUCUGCUGCUUCCGGGCUCUGAGGCUGGGGUCCCAGACCCCAAAGCAUCGUCUCUUGAGGGAGCAGGGAGUGGGGCAGAGGCAGGGUUGGCUCCAUUCCCCAGGUCUAGGGGGAGCCAAGCCCUCUGCAGUGCCGCAUGUGGGACACAGCUUUCUUCCCCAUAAUGAGCGGGGCCUCCUCCUCCCAUCCCCAGUCCUCACUGCACAGGGCAAACCCAGUCUGGACUCCAGCACACACAGAGUUACUGUUUGCAGCCUACCCCUGCCCCCGCCCCCAGGAAGGUCCCCAAAAGAGAGUGAGGAGAAAGAAACCUGGCACUUAGUGGUCAGGCUGUCGGCUAUCUUGACCAGUGGGUGGAUGGGAGGAGGUGAGUGGGAAGCAGGCAUGCAGGCCUGGAGGAGAGCCCCAGGACCCUGUGUGCCCCAGCACUCCUCCUCGCCUCACCUGGGACAGCUUCCCCGCGCCUGGGCCUCCUGCUUCUCUGACUCUAGCAGAGCAGGCUUGAGGUCAGCCUCCACCAGGGAGGCCAGCCUGCCCUCCAACUCGCCCUGUCCUCUCCUUGUGACCCCCAAGCUUCGAAGCCUCUUGCUCAGCCCUGCGGCUUCCCCAGAACCCUUGGCUUGGAGUGGAGAUGUCGCCUGCACAAACCCAGCCCACCAUCAGCCUCCAGGCCGUCAGCUAGGCUCCCACCUUCUAGCACUCAGGGCCCGGGCAGAACCCAGGCCUCCAGGCUCCCGGGGAUGGGAUCAAGAGGUCAGGCUGUGUCCUGGCUACCAGGUCCCACCAUACCCAUGCACCCCCACCACGCUCUCUGAAGAAUGUAGUUUAUUGGGGCCCCCCAGCUGCUUCCCCCACCUGACUCUGCCCCACCUUAAUCACCGUCCCCGCUUUUCUUCUCUACAAAGACAUAUGUGUAUAUAAUUAUAUAUAUAUUUUUGUCUGGGUCUGGGUUUUGUUCCUGCCCAGACCCUGGCAUCCCUUUCCACUAUAUGUGUGUGAUAAUGCUGGGGGAGGGGGACUCUGCUUGGAAUUAAAAGGUUGCAUUGAGUCCCCAAAUCUAUUUGUUCUUUAUGAGCCACCAGAUCCCGGUGAGAGGAACAGGUGAUGCCA